AUGGAUCAUUCCCAGUGCCUUGUGACUAUAUACGCCUUGGUGGUUCUGCUGGGUCUCCGGCUAGAUCAAGGCGCCUGCCAGCACUAUCUGCACAUCCGACCGGCUCCCAGCGACAACUUGCCCUUGGUGGAUCUAAUCGAGCACCCGGACCCUAUCUUCGACCCCAAGGAGAAGGAUCUUAACGAGACCUUGCUAAGGAACCUCAUGGGCGGACACUUCGACCCUAACUUUAUGGCUAUUUCCCUGCCCGAGGACCGGCUCGGGGUGGACGAUCUAGCCGAGCUGGACUUGCUGCUCAGGCAGAGACCCUCGGGAGCGAUGCCCAGCGAAAUCAAAGGGCUGGAGUUUUACGACGGGCUGCAGCCGGGCAAGAAGCACAGGCUGAGCAAGAAGCUGCGCAGGAAGCUGCAGAUGUGGCUCUGGUCCCAGACCUUCUGCCCGGUCCUAUACACGUGGAACGAUCUCGGCAGCCGCUUUUGGCCCCGGUACGUCAAAGUGGGCAGCUGCUACAGUAAAAGGUCUUGUUCAGUCCCAGAAGGCAUGGUUUGCAAACCUGCCAAGUCCGUGCAUUUAACGAUCCUGAGGUGGAGGUGCCAGCGUCGGGGAGGGCAGAGGUGCACAUGGAUACCCAUCCAGUACCCCAUCAUUUCGGAGUGCAAGUGCUCCUGCUAG